AUGCCUGCCCCAGGCGACCAACACACCAUAAUCGCCAACCCUUUCGAGGAAGCCAAGCCUCGCGUCUCAGAAUACACAGCUCAGGAAAUAGCGACGCUGCAGUCCCGCCUCGAGAAACAACUCGGGCCCGAGUACCUGUCAGCACGCACGGGGCCUUCGGGGCAGAAGGUCCACUACAUCGCCGCCGAGAAAUGCAUCGCCCUCGCCAAUGAGGUCUUUGGAUUCAAUGGCUGGUCAUCCAUGAUCAAGGAAGUGCAGGUGGACUUUGUUGACGAGCACCCCCAGACGCUCAAGAUCUCCCUGGGAUUGUCCGUCAUUGUCCGCGUAACGCUUCGCGAUGGAACAUUCCAUGAGGACAUUGGCUACGGCCACAUCGAGAACUGCAAAGGCAAGGCGGCGGCUUUCGAAAAGGCGAAGAAGGAGGGAACCACAGAUGCCUUGAAGAGGGCGCUGAGGAAUUUUGGCAACGUGCUGGGGAACUGCAUUUACGACAAGGACUACCUGAAGAAGGUCACAAAGCUGAAGCUCGAGCCCAGCAAGGGUUGGGAUGAGAGUGAGCUGCAUCGACAUGCAGAUUUUACCAAGAAGGUUGAGAUCAAGAAAGAGCCGUCUGCCCGAGAUCUCGGUAGCGCAGCAUCUGCCGCUAUCGAAUCAUUUGAUGAGGACCUUCUUGGAGAGUUCGAUGAGGUCGAUUUCAACAUGGUGGAUGACGACCAUCCUGACGAGGUUUCACUACCAGAAAGCGCGAAGCCCACUCCUCAGACCAACAACAGACCCAACCCACAAGCCAUGCAGCCGCCUUCGAGACCUCUGUCAAGGUCACAAUCAGCCGGUAACCCACCACGGCCACCCCAAACUCCCGUCCAAGGUCAACAGCAUUCACGACCGGCGGCGCCGAACCACCCUGCUCAGAAUGCUCCGCGACCACAACAACAAAACCAGCCCCGGCCUCAGGCCGGCGGCACUGUGCAAACCAACAAGUCAAGCAAUAACGGCCCUCUUCAGACACCACCACAGGCGCCGAAUGAGAGCUCAGGCAACGUGCAAGCAGUGGGAUUCUUUUCCGCUCGCGCGGUCAAACAACUGGCUGGUCAUAAAGACGACGAAGUAAAGCUGCCCACCGCACCCUCAGUCGCGCAGGUCUUCAAUCCCCACGCGGAAACCCCCAAUGUCCUCAAGACACCUGGGAUCGAUUACAGCCAAACGAAGCCCCUCGGCAGAGACUUGAAGCCCCAGCCACCAGUCCAGCGUGACGAGAACGGUAACAUUAUUGGAGGCGAAGACUCUGGCCCGCCGCCCUCUACCCCUAGCAUGAACAACGGCUUCAACCGGGCCGGGCCUGCGCAGAGGGGCAACGUCGUCAACCCGCAGCUCAACCAGACGAGACGCAUCGGGGCUCCGUUGGGCCCGGGCAGUCCCUUGGGCAACAGAGGUCAGUACCGCCCGCCGACGUUCAAGAGGCCCCCGCCCGGUGAGGGCAACAACGGUGGUGCCGGUGGAGGUGGUGCGAGACCCGCGCUGGCUGAGGUUUCGACGAAUGGCACGGCCAGUGUCGCUGCCGCGGGAGGAGGGGUUGGUGGCAUUGGCGGUGAUCCCAAGAGGCAGAAGAUUGGCUGA